AAUUGACUGAAAAACUAACAUGACUUCGAUUUCUGAAUUAGAUGAGCAAUAUGUCACUCAUCAAGACUUGUUUGAAGUGCCAACCCUUGGCUCCUUGGGGUUAGAAUCGAAAAAUCUGGAGGAAAAAUCUGUGUAUUUAUGUGGGAACUCACUUGGACUCAUGCCCAAGGCCACAAAAAAGGCCAUUAACGAUGAAUUACAAGCUUGGGCUGAUAGGGCUGUGGAAUCCCAUUUCAGACACCCGGGUGCUGCAGACGGUCUUACCUCGUGGAUGGAUAUAGACCUUCCUGUGCUUCCACUUUUGGCACCUAUAGUUGGAGCCAAAGAAACUGAAGUUGCAUUAACUGGAUCAUUAACUGCAAACUUAAAUUCUUUACUUAUUAGUUUUUAUAAGCCAACUGAGAAAAAAUAUAAAAUAUUGUUUGAAAAGCAUGCUUUCCCUUCUGAUUAUUAUGCAUUUCUUAACUUGGUUAAGCUUCGAGGAUACGAUGAAUCUGCAUUGAUUCAAAUUGAAGUUAAACCUGGUCAAACAUAUCUUCAAACUCAAGAUAUUUUGAAUACAAUUCUGCAACAUAAGGACGAAUUGGCACUUGUAUGUCUACCAGGAAUUCAAUAUUAUACUGGACAAUUGUUUGAUAUUGCAAAAAUUACAAAGCAUGGCCAAAGUUUAGGUAUUACUGUUGGAUGGGAUUUAGCACAUGCAGUGGGGAAUGUACCUUUAAAACUCCAUGAUUGGAACGUUGAUUUUGCCGUAUGGUGUUCUUAUAAAUACUUGAAUUCAGGACCUGGUGCCAUGGCGGGUCUUUUUGUUCAUGAAAAAUAUACCAAGGAUAACUCAAAAUCAAAUUUUCCCGCUAGACUUGCUGGAUGGUGGGGUACUAAAGCUGAUGAAAGAUUUAAAAUGCUUGAGGAAUUUGAUCCUAUACAGUCUGCAUUAUCAUACAGACAAUCGAAUCCAAGUGUAAUAGAUGUGGUAAGUGUUAAGGCUUCGUUAGAACUAUUUGCAAAAGUUGGAGGUGUAGAUAAACUUCGGGAAAAGAGUUUGAAACUUACUCAAUUCUUACAAGAUAGUCUUACAAGUUCAAAGUAUUACAUUCCUCAAGACAGUGAUGAAGAAAGACUUGGGUUUCAAAUUCUUACCCCGCUUAAUCCUGAAGAACGUGGUUGUCAAUUAUCAUUACUUUUCAAGCCACAUCAUGAAGAAGCAAAGGAUAAUAUAAUGGAAAAGGUUAUUGAAUAUUUACGUGACCAUGGGGUUAUUUGUGAUGAAAGAAGACCAGAUGUUAUUAGAGUUGCACCACUCCCAUUGUAUAAUACUUUUGAAGAAACAGAUCGGGCAGUCAAGAUAAUUUUAGAAGCAUUACAAAAGAUUGAAAAAGGAUCUUUGUGAUAUAAUUAGAAGUAACAUACCUUAAUAUGAUGAAUAUGAUAUACUAUGUACAACUUUUGGGGGAGAUAUUUUCUAUUUUCAUAAAAAAAUGUAUUCUA